AUGAGCUUCUCCAAUCACUUUUCCAUUGCCAACAUCCCUUAUGGAAUUGCGAGCACUUCAGAGCGUCCACGAAGUGUGGUCACAAGAAUCGGCAACUCGGUCAUCUUCCUCGCUGACUUGGACCUCGGGGUUUCCGAACAUAUCAAGGCUGCAUUGUCCCAGCCAACCCUCAACGACCUGGCAGCCGUGGAGAAGGCCGAGCUCCAGCUCCUCCGGAAGAACACCCAAAGGCUCCUGUCUGACCAGUCCGCGGUGUCAAAGUUUGGCGUAUCGCUUGGUGAGGCCCAGCUGCACUUGCCUGUCAAGAUCAAUGGGUUUACCGACUUUUCAUGCUCGAAGGAACAUCUGCUGAACGCGGCGGAGGCCGUCAUGGGCAAAGCGUUCAUGCCGCCGGCGGCCCCGUAUCUUCCCAUCGGCUACAGUGGCCGGCCCUCUUCCAUUGUUCUCUCGGGAACGGAUAUCACUCGACCUUAUGGUCAAUAUCGAGAAGGAGAGCAGGUUGCCUUCGGCCCAUCAAGAGCGCUCGACUAUGAGCUCGAAGUAGCCUGCAUAAUUGGCAAGCCUACACAGCUGGGUGAUCGGGUAGCCAUAUCAGAUGCCGACGAACACAUAUUUGGCCUCGUCCUUUUAAACGAUUGGAGUGCUCGCGAUAUCCAGGGCUUCGAAAUGAACCCGCUGGGCCCGAUGAACGGCAAGUCCUUCGGCACGUCAAUCAGCCCCUGGGUGAUCACGCUCGAAGCGUUAGAACCUUUUGCGAUACAGCCGCCGGUGAAGGACGUGCCCUCGCAGCCAUACCUGCAGGACAAGAAGGAGAAACCAAGUUACCAUAUUGAGUUGAAGGCCGAGGUGUUGACGGACGACGAGGCCACGACGGUCUGCAAAGCUCAGCUUAGCUGGAUGCACUGGACGUUCCGAGACCUCGUGGCUCAGCAGACGAUCAACGGGUGCAACCUCAACAUCGGCGACAUAUUAGCGACGGGAACGGUGUCAGGAGCUGGCGAUGAUAAGCACGGCUGUCUGCUCGAGAUGACCAAGGGCGGCAAAGUUGGGUGGAAAACGACACACGGUCGAGACAGGACGUAUUUGCAGGACGGUGAUGGCGUGCGCCUGAGCGGGUACGCGGGCGACGGCGUGGGAUUCGGUGAAUGCGUGGGAUUCAUUAAAGCUGCCCGGCCCUUAUGA